GCCCCCCGGAUCUCCGGUUUCCGGCAACUCGGUGGGACCAGAACUUGCGCCUAGAAUCUGAGGCCCCAGGCUUACCCAGACAGGUUGGACUCCGAGCGCCCCAGAGACCUCUGCAAAUUAUCUUCCUAAUAAUUGGGAGACGACCCACUGACUGAAUGGCAACGGUAGAUGACUUGCAGUUUGAAGAAUUUGGUGAUACAACCACUUCUCUAGCAGCAAACCCAGAUGCCACCACAAUCAGCAUUGAGGAUCCUGGUGAAACCCCGAAGCAUAGGGCAGGACCCCCAAGAGGCUUGGGGAGAGAAGAAGAUGAUGAGCUACUAGGAAACGAUGACUCUGACAAAACUGAGUUACUUGCUGGACAGAAGAAAAGCUCCCCCUUCUGGACAUUUGAAUACUAUCAGACGUUCUUUGAUGUAGACACGUACCAGGUCUUUGAUAGAAUAAAGGGGUCUCUUUUGCCAAUACCAGGAAAAAACUUUGUAAGGUUGUAUAUCCGCAGCAAUCCAGAUCUCUAUGGCCCCUUUUGGAUCUGUGCCACAUUGGUCUUUGCCAUAGCAAUCAGUGGGAAUCUUUCCAACUUCUUAAUCCAUCUGGGAGAGAAGACGUACCACUAUGUGCCUGAAUUCCGAAAAGUGUCCAUCGCAGCCACAAUCAUCUAUGCCUACGCCUGGCUGGUCCCUCUCGCACUCUGGGGUUUCCUUGUAUGGAGAAACAGUAAAGUUAUGAACAUCGUUUCCUAUUCAUUUUUGGAGAUUGUAUGCGUCUAUGGAUAUUCGCUCUUCAUUUACAUCCCCACGGCUAUCCUGUGGAUCAUCCCCCAGAAAGCAGUCCGCUGGGUUCUGGUUAUGAUUGCCCUAGGCAUCUCUGGCUCUGUCUUGGCAAUGACCUUUUGGCCAGCUGUUCGUGAGGACAACCGACGCAUCGCAUUGGCCACAAUUGUGACGAUUGUGUUGCUUCACAUGCUGCUUUCUGUGGGCUGCUUGGCCUACUUUUUUGAUGCACCAGAGAUGGACCAUCUCCUAACAAGCACAGCUGCCCCAAACCAAACAGUUGUAGCAGCCAAGUCCAGCUAAAGAGGAAAGCAAGAAAGUAUCUUUCAUCUUCUCGCUGUGAGUUCUCUUCGAUGGGUUUUGGAGUGUGGCUCUUUUGGACAUGGCAUCCGCUGUAGGAAAUCAGAACAAGCAAAGCCAUCAGGAAGACGGAUGGAAUGGCCCCAACACCUAGCAUGUGGGUGGUGCCACACUGAAGCCUCAUCAUCACCUAUUUAACAAUCAAGAGUUAAAUGUGGUUGAGUGGAGACCCGUGUCGUUCAGCUCUUCGUUAUGCUGUCGGUGGUCAUUGUGACUGUGCGCUGAUUGGGGAGAAACACAAGGGGAUGGGAGCUACUUUGGUGCCUGGCAUUUCCUCACACAGUCAUGUGGUGUGCUUCGCAUUAGGUACGCCCUUAAUCCCUGAGAUGGUUCCAUCCUAACUGGGGUGCUUGUCUCUGGGUUGUGUACAGAUUACCCAGGUGAGCCUCUGCUCCCCUUGCCAUCCUCAAGUGGCCAAACAGUGUGAACUUUGCUUUGGAUUCAUAGUGAGCCUGAAAAUUUGUCUUUGGUGACCUGACUGUGGGCAACUGAAUCUAAUGGUUGCAAAAUAAAUACAAAAUGCAAAUAAUAAUAAU